GUAUUAUAAACUUCCAGCCAUUAAUAAGGGUAAUGUUGAGGAAGUUAUAUGUAUUUGUUUCCGGACAGGUUUUGAAAUGGCAUUGUUGAAUUUAAGACUUUUUGUCAUUUUUCUUUCUUUCGGAAUUCUAUUUACAACAAUAGAAAGUUGUAGCAGCUUAGCAAAAUCAAUUGCUUGCAAAAUAAAGACCACCCAAAAAAUAAAAUUGUUGACAAAGAAUCCCUCCGGGGUGGAUGAUGGCGCCGACGCCUACCAUAACAUAGAAGACGCCUGUAAUGGAAAGCCGUCCAAACGAUCUAAUUACUCUUGCAGUGAAGGAACUUCUCCAGGAGGAUUUGUUUGCUUAAAAUCCAGCAUUCUUCGGUAUAUCUAUGAUCUUGGAACAUCUACUCAGUACAAUUUUCAGGUAAAUGCCAUCGCAGGUGCUUGCCACACAUCUACAUCCAAACAUUAUUUGGGGGAAGCAGUAGAUCUGGAACUGGACAAUGGACCUACUCGGAAGGCACAGGAGAAAUCCUACAUGGACGCUUGUAAAGCUGCUGGGGGGUGGUCACAUGGAGGGACACAUGUUCACUGUCAGAUAGUUCCUUCCCAGCAACAGAACCACCUGAGUAGAACAGCUUUGUUUUGGAAAUCUUUCUCUGAAGAGAUGAAGGAUGGGUUCACUGAAGUAUUGAAGAGGAAGGUUAAAAUUACGAGAAUCAAACGUUGAGGCAGCAGUAUAUUCGUAUAAAAUAUUACGUUUAAGAACUUGGAAAAAGCUGUGUAACAAUGACUCUCAGACCUUUUUAGCACAUUAAAAUCAUUUGAUGUCUUAUUUGUGAAUCAAUAUAAUUUGAAAAAUAGAACGAUUUAAUACAUAUUUUUAUCGAAUAAACUAAAGUACAUAUUUAAAAACAGAGGUAAAUGUAUUGCAACUGAACAAAUAAACUUGUUUUCAUCUUGUAACUUACGAAUAAUUACAGUCAAAAAAGUUUUCCUUGUGUUACAUUGCU